AGGCAAAUGCAGCUUUACAUGACAGGAGCGAGAAAAGCAGCACCUGUUUCAAGUAGUUACUGCAGAAUUAAAGGGAAAGGAGAAUCCCAAGAUGUUGAUUAACAGGUGACAUCAAUUGAGACAGCUAAGGAAAUGCCUUAAAUAUGAAGCCAAAAGCCAUACAAGCAUGCGACUUUGAAAGAAAGUGUGGUGAGAAUAUCAGUUUGCAACAUUCAUAGCCUACAUGGAGGCUUUCCUGAGAGAAAUCACGUCAACUUCCAAAAACCUACUUGAUUUCAGAGAAAUGUAUGAAUAUAGAAAUCGCUUACAGACCUUAACUGCGUGGCCUUUUAAGGACAACUGUAAAUGUACUCCUGAGAAUAUGGCCAAGGCUGGCUUCAUCCAUCAUCUGCAUACAGAGGAACUUGAUGUGGCCAAGUGCUUCUUCUGCUUGAUAGAGUUGGAGGGCUGGGAGUCCAAUCACGAUCCCUGGUUGGAGCACUCCAAGCGUAGCCAAGACUCGUGUGGGUUCUUGUCCCUUUCGAAGAAUUUUGAUGAUCUGACAGUAGAAGAAUACUAUGAACUAGAGAUGGAAAGGGUCAGAAAUUUUCUUUGCAAAACAGGCCGAAGUAUAAUAAACACCUUUGAAAAAGAAGCAGCUCUAACAAGGAAACGUCUUGUGGAUCAUUUCAUGAAUAAAUACCAGUACACUCCAGAAGCGGAGACUUCUGCCGUUUGCAACAAAAGAAAAUUGUGUACCAGCCAACAAAUAGAAGAGAAUGGAUUGCAGCUGACAGUCUCUUGUGAUGACAAGCACGGUCAGAGGUAAAGGCUACCGAAAUGUGAACAAAGGCCUGGCCUGUAAUACUAGCUAAUAUGACAUAAAUGGAAUCUUUGGCUAGCCAUUUAUAUUCCUGAUGCUUUUAUUGUGUGUAAUGCUUGUUCUGCAUAAAGCCAGAAGGAAGACAGACUGAAAUAAUUCUGACUUAUGGAAGUAAUCCGCUAAACUGAGAUAUUUUGUUUGGAUAAUAAAAAGAUAGAAUUUUAAAUAAAGGGUUUUGGACAGACUAAGAGGGAUUUAUUUUCAACAGCUAUCCAAAUUUAUUCAAUAAUAUAUGUUAUAAAUAAUAUGCAUAAAUACAAUUCUCAGUGUAAUGCCAACUCUCCAAUAUGUUGCUUUGGCAUCACACAACAAGGUAUGAUGAGUUUCCCUAUUUAAGAACUUGUGUGUCACAAUAGUGUUCCUUCAUGAACAAAUAUGAAAAAAUGAUUUUAUUAAUAUAUGUGCUAUUCAUUUUUUUUAAUCUAUUAUCUGACUCCUAUAAAACUGAAGACAGCAAUACUUUUACAUAAAAUAGUCUAGAAGUAACCUGUGUGAAUUAGGGAAGGGGAGAGGCAGUUAAGAAACUGUUAAAUGAUCCAUUGGAAAUGUCUAUAAAGUUUGUCAAAGGCCACUGUAUGUAUAAAAAAAACAAGCACAGAGUAUUUACCUAGAAUCAUCAAAACAAAUAAGCAUCAUAG